AUGUCCCCCUCCGCCCCUCCAGUAGACGUUCCCGGCCUCCCGCCUCUCGAGUGGGGCUUCCGCCCCGGGCGCGCCUACGCCGACGCAGGCGUCCUCGUUCUCCUCGCCUACGCCUCGACCGACUGGGUCGUGGACCCCCUCGGUGCCCCGCCUGUCCUGUCCGCGUGCCCGCUCGGGUUCGCCGCCCCACAGACUUUCAGCCUCAGCGCGCGCGUGAGCGUCAGUGGAGCGCGCACGACAUUCGAUGCUCCCGCCCUCCUCGUUUGGCGCGACGAGAAGCACUGGGGCAAACUCUGCUUUGAGCGCGCCCCAACCGGUUCUGUCGGCCCCGUCAGUGUCGUCACAGACGGCGGCACGAGCGACGACGCCAACGCGUACACUCUUGAAGGCGAGGAAGGACACAUGUGGCUGCGCCUCAGCCGCGUUGGUGUAUGCACGUUUGCGUUCCACGCUUCGCGCGACGGGCGCUGGUGGGAUUUCGUGCGCAUCUUCCGCCUUUCCGGCGGCGACAGCGGCUCCGAUCAAGGCAGUGAAUCCAAGUGGCGGGUGGGGUUCCUUGCCCAGUCGCCAACUGGGCCAGGAUGUGCGGCGCGCUUUGAAGACAUCCGCCUCGGCGCUGCUCCCACCAACCUGCGCGAUGGGAGCUAG